AUGGACAGUCCAAGCCCCUCGCCGCGCGUUUCCGCGCGAGAGCGCCGCACGUGGCCCACGCCGGCGCGAGCAGUUGCUCGCGAGGACUUUCGGUCGCGUGCGGGCGUCCCGAGGGCCCGCGUGCCCGGACGCGCCCGCACGCGCGCUCCUCCCGCGCCCAAAGCGCGCACGCCCGCCCCCCGCGCGGUUCCGCGGCGGUUCCGUGCCUUCCCGCGCGCCCUGCCGCUCCGGGGCGAAUCUCCGGCCCUGCUCGAGCCUCCAACGUGGACGCACGAACCCCCCCGUGGUGCGCAGGCGGCUGAGGUCGCGCCCGCUGGGCGGCAGCUGGUCAAGGAGCACAGGCUGCACGUCGCGCGGCAGUGGCCGCACGGCGCUGCGCCCAUGAAGUCCCGACAACAGGGCGACGUUGCCGCAGCGUCGCCCGGCGACGGCCUGACGCCGCGAGGGCGCGUCCUGGAGUCCCGUCUGCGGCACCCGUUCCAUUCCCCCUCCCCGCAGCCGCGGUCCUCGCGCGGGAGCACCUCGCGCCCCCCGCCCGGGAACGCGCCAGCCCCCUCGCCCGGCGGCGGCCUCAAGCCCUCCGUCAACUCCAGCGUGGCGAGGAAGGACGCGGCGCCGCCGCGGCGCGGAGGCCUCAAGACGGGCUCGCGGAAGAAGCCCGAGGACGGCGCGCCGACGCGCGUGUCGUUCGCGGAGAGCCCCAAGCCCGAGAGGGGCCACAGCGGCGGGUUGCAGCGCGCGGCGGUGGGGAGCUGGGGCAGCAGCGUGCGCUCGGGGGACUCCGGGUCGUCCAUCUGGCGGCUCCCGUCGGGCGACUACGCCGACGUCGUCCCCGCGCCCCGCGAGGCCCCCGGCACCGCUGCCGUGGACGCGGGCGGGGUCGCGGCGCCCGUCGACACGGGGCUGUGGGGCGACGGCUCGCGGACGCCGCGCUCGGCGCGCCCGGACACGCAGGACCUCACGCAGCGCGCGUUCGAGGUCGCGAACGAGGUCGACGAGGCGGUGAGCGGCGCCACGACGCCGCGGCGCUCCGUCACGCAGCAGGCGUACCCGGCCGCGGCGCCGCGCGCGGUGUCGUCCGCGGACGGCUCGGCCGCGGAGACGGCGAUCCCCCCUGCGGUGCUGGACUUCCGCACGGCGCCCGGGCUCGCGCACCUGCUGCGCGGGGUGCAGCGGGCGAUGGAGCACCUGUGUCAGGUGACGCUCACGGGGCCCGCGCAGCUCCCCGCGGUGCCGGCGGCCGCGCGGACGGAGCUGCAGCGGAAGGCGGACCAGCAGGCCGCGAUCGCGCACGCGGCGAAGUCGUCCCUCGACCAGGCUCUGCGGGAGCUGCGCGUGGCGGCGGCCACGACCAAGGCGCCGGCCAAGGACCGGCGGAGAUCGUCGCCGUUCGCGGGGUCGCCGCAGACGCGCAAGGUGGCGGAGUCGCUGUCCCCGCGGCCGCGCACGUCGCCCGCGCACCGGUCGCCGCUGGCGAGCACCGGGUCGGUCCCGCGGACGCGCGCGGCGACGACGACGCACCGGCGGAAGGCCUCGAUGGAGUCGGCGGUGUCGUCGCCGCCGAGCGCGCCGCAGCACCACGACGCGGCGCCGACGGCGACCGCGCGGCCCGCGGACGGCGCCGUGGAGCGGUUGUUCGACCUGGCGCAGAAUUUGGCGCAGAAGAACGAGUCGCUGGCGGGGUCGCUGGAGGCGCUGAUGAAGGACAACGGGCGGCUGCAGGCGGAGGUGCAGCGGGAGCGCGCGCUGGCGAGCGCGGCGCGCGCGGAGCUGGCGGAGGCGCGGGAGCGGAGCGCGGCGGCGGCGGCGACGGUGGCGCGGGAGGUGCAGACGGACGACGCGGGGAGCGCGUCGCCGGUGACGACGCCGCGCGGGGUGGACGACAUGACGAAGACGCUGACCAUGGGGUCGCCGGAGCAGUCGGCGGGCCCCGGCACGAGCCCUGAGUCGGCGAAGGAGCAGUCCCCGGGGGGACUCCAUCAUCGGACGCGGUCGGGGCAGCUGCGCGAGGCGAUGGAGACGAGCUGGCAGGAGGUGCAGGAGAUGCUCAACGUGUCGGAGCAGCAGGCGCGCGCGGUCGCGUCCGUGAUGGCCCGCGCGAACAACACGACCAAGGGCCCUAGCGGCGGCGUGGCGACCGAGGACUACUGGAUCAAGCAGUGCAAGUUCUUCCAGGCCUGGGCGGUCAAGCUGCAGAUGGACGCCGCGCAGUCCAACCGCGAGCUCAGCAAGAUGAAGGUCACCGUCGGGGCCGUGACCUCGGAGCUGCGCAGCAUCGCCAUGGCCAACACUGCCAAGCUGCAGAGCGCGAACCGCCUGCUGCGCAAGCACGGCGAGCAGGAGAUCCCGCUCGGGGACCCGCUCGCCGCGAUCGACGCCGCGCUGCCCAAGGCCCAGGGGAGUCCCCGGACCCCCCCCGACAGCCGGCGCAGCCCUCCGGGGCGCCUGCAGCCGUCCCUGAGCCGCCGGUCGCGCAGCCUCGGCGAGGACGACCUCCUGCGCAUGAUGGAGAACACCGCGCAGCAGCCAGAGAGCUCCGCGGAGCGCCGCCGGCGCAAGUACGGGCGGGCGUCGGCGCGCAUGGUGCUGGACCCGAUUCCGGAGUUCCGGACGCGCUCGGGGCGGUACGGCGUGGAGGGCCGCACGGAGAGCAGCGGCCGCGUGCGUCCGUCGGAGGACGGCGAGAUGUCGGAGGAGCCGACGCCGAACGCGGAGGCGGCGAUGGCGGCGGCGGCGGCGGCGGAGCGCAUGGGGUGGCGGGCGCACCCGUCGCCGCGGGCGUCACUGAGCGACGUGACGCCGAUGCGGACGGUGCUGGAGGACGACGCGGAGGACCUCGACGAGGCCGGGUCGCUGCGGAACACGUCGGACGAGGGCCCGACGGAGGAGGAAACAGCCCCCUCCGGGCUGGAGGAGUUCGCGGAGCUAGACAGCGCAGUCCCCACCAGUGACGUGGCUGCGGCGGGCGACGACUGCCUCCUCGGCAAGGCGGACGACUCAGGGCCCGAUCCCAGCAGCAGUGCGUAG